AUGAGACCGAUCCCACGCUAUGACUUCAUUAUACCGAUUUUCACAUUCCUAUCUCUAAUUCCAACCCACUUGGCAAACCCAAUCGAUAACGGACUCGUUGAUUCUGAACUCAUUCAUGAAUGCGUCACACACAAAGCAGUAGAAGUAAUACUACUUCUGGAUGCUUCAGGAUCAAUCGGAGAUGACACAUUCAAAAAACAACUUUCAUUUGCAAUGCAUCUCGCUUCUCGAUUGAACAUUUCUGAAGAGGGAAGUCAUAUGGCAUUGAUCCAGUAUGCAGAAACGCCGAAACUUGAAUUUUCUCUUGGACAGUUUAACCAUCCAACUCAGUUAGAAUGGGCGAUCCAACGAAUCGAAUACCAAAGUGGUGCCACAAAUACUGGACAAGCUUUACGACUGACACUUGAAAAAGGUCUACAAGGAGCAAGAACUGGAAUUCCAAAAGUAGCGAUAGUGAUAACAGAUGGACAGAGCCAAGACGAUGUGUCCGAACCUUCUCAACUAUUAAGAGACGCAGAUGUUAUGGUUUAUGCGAUUGGAGUCACAAAUCUUGUAAAUGUUCAUCAAUUACAUCAAAUGACUGGAAAUCCAGUCCGCGUUUUCACUGUUGAGUCAUUUGAACAACUGGAUAGAGCAUUGGCUGAUUCACUGACUUGGAGCAUGUGUAAAACUGAAUUCAGACCUGGAACCCCUGAAAUCAUCUGUGGUCCUGAUAGAAUCGGUGUGAAAGCCUCAACAAAACAACCAUUCGAGGGUAAUGUGUUUGUUAUGGAUCACUACCACGAUGAGGAAUGUAGAGCCGGCCCUGAGAAGUUUCCAGAUUCGAGAAGCAUCGGCUUGACUGUUCCAUUUUCUGCCUGCAAUGUUCACCGAUAUCGAUCUCUGAAUCCAAAGGGAAUCUUUGUAGAAGUGAGUAUUGUAUUCAUGUUUCAUUCGUUGUUCAUGACAAAAACCGAUCAAACUGUGAAGGUUCAAUGUUUCUAUAUGGAAGCGGAUAAGCAUGUUACAGUACCGCUGUCUGUGAGAACUUCGAAUUCGCAGAACUUCAGAAUCUCAAUAUUUUUGGAUUUUUAA